UACCGGUGCAAGCUAGAACCGGUCCAGCCUUCUGGAGAUCUGUGCUAAGAGCAGGAGGGGACAGACGGGAUAUCUGUGAGCAGACUCCAGUACGGAUCAGCGGGGAGCGUCCAAGAAACUCCCCUGGAUCUGUCCAGAACAGCUGUAUGGUAUUUGUCCCCCUUUGCCCUCUGAGCUAGCUUGGGGAGAAGUUUUCCCGAGAGGAGGUACCGGACCGAUCUGACGUUGGAAGCGGCUCAGAAGAACAAUGGAGAUGCCUUUAAAUGGAAGAGGAUUGAUCCUGUGUCUAAUUUGCUUCCUGUUGAAUUUGUCAGCAGCACUUGAAAUACCACUCUCAGUUCAGCAGGUUCCAACAAUCAUAAAGCAAACACAUGUGCAAGUUGCCUUUCCUUUCGAUGAAUAUUUUCAAAUUGAAUGUGAUGCUAAAGGAAACCCAGAACCAAUAUUUUCAUGGACUAAGGAUGACAAGCCUUUUGAUCUUUCUGACCCUCGGAUAGUUGUAUCUAACAAUUCAGGAGCAUUCAAGAUUCUAAAUGAGGGGCAUAUAUCUCACUUUCAAGGGAAAUACCGAUGUUUUGCUUCUAAUAAACUAGGAGUUGCUAUGUCAGAAGAAAUAGACUUCAUAGUUCCAGGUGUUCCAAAAUUUCCAAAAGAGAAAAUUGACCCUCUGGAAGUAGAAGAAGGUGACCCCAUUGUCCUCCCGUGUAACCCUCCCAAAGGCCUCCCACCUUUGCACAUUUACUGGAUGAAUAUUGAACUAGAACACAUUGAGCAAGAUGAAAGAGUGUACAUGAGCCAAAAAGGAGAUCUGUACUUUGCAAAUGUAGAAGAGAAAGACAGUCGGAAUGAUUACUGUUGUUUUGCUGCAUUUCCAAAAUUAAGGACGAUUGUUCAAAAAAUGCCAAUGAAACUAACAGUGAACAGUUUAAAGCAUGCUAAUGAUACAAGUUCAUCCACAGAAAUUAGUUCCAAGGCAAAUUCAAUCAAGCAAAGGAAACCCAAGCUGCUGUUGCCUCCUGCGGCAAGUGGCAGAGAGUCUUCAGUGAUCAUCCUCAAAGGGGAGACGCUGCUGCUUGAGUGUUUCGCUGAGGGCCUACCAACUCCACAGGUCGAAUGGAGUAAGCCUGGUGGUGAUUUACCAAAAGGAAGAGAAACAAAAGAAAAUUAUGGAAAGACCUUGAAGAUAGAAAAUAUCUCUUACCGAGACAGAGGAAAUUAUCGCUGCACAGCCAAUAAUUUGUUGGGAGAGACAAGUCAUGAUUUUCAUGUCAUAGUAGAAGAGCCUCCACGCUGGAAGAAGAAGCCGCAGAGUGGUGUGUACAGCACUGGGAGCAGCGGUGUCUUGUUGUGUGAAGCUGAAGGAGAACCUCAACCCACGAUCAAAUGGAGAGUCAAUGGCGCCCCAAUUGACAAUCAUCCAUUUGCUGGUGAUGUUGUCUUCCCCAGGGAAGUCAGUUUUACCAACCUACAACCAAAUCAUACUGCUGUGUACCAGUGUGAAGCCUCAAACAUCCAUGGAACCAUCCUUGCCAAUGCCAAUAUUGAUGUUGUAGAUGUUCUUCCACUGAUUCAAACUAAAGAUGAAGAAAAUUAUGCCACUGUGGUUGGGCAGAGUGCUUUCUUACACUGUGAAUUCUUUGCUUCGCCUCAGGCAAUAGUAACUUGGGAGACAGCGGAUGAAGCACAGCCCCUCGAAGGAAGGCGGUACCAUAUCUACAGAAACGGCACACUGCAAAUCAACAGUAGCAGUGAGGAAGAUGCGGGGUCGUACUCCUGUUGGGUAGAAAAUGCGAUCGGAAAAGCUGCCGUCACAGCUAACUUGGAUAUUAGAAAUGCUACAAAACUCAGAGUUUAUCCUAAGGAUCCUCGCGUCCCUAAAUCACAUGUGCUUGAGUUACACUGUGAGAGCAAAUGUGACUCACAUUUGAAACCCAGUUUGAAGCUGUCCUGGAGGAAGGAUGGAGAAGCCUUUGAAAUCAAUGGCACUGAAGAUGGCAGAAUAGUUAUUGAUGGAGCUAACCUGACCAUAUCUAAUAUCACUGUAGAAGAUCAAGGUAUUUACUCCUGUUCUGCUCAAACUCUUCUGGAUAGUGUUUCUGAAUCAAUCCAAGUAACUGUCCUUGAUGUUCCAGAUCCUCCAGAAAACCUUCGCUUGUCAGAGAGGCAGAACAGAAGUAUCCGGCUGUCCUGGGAGGCUGGAAAUGACCACAAUAGCAAUAUCAGUGAGUACAUUGUAGAGUUUGAAGGAAACAGAGAGGAACCUGGAAAGUGGGAGGAGCUAACUAGAGUCCAAGGAGAGGAAACAGAGGUGGUGUUACCUUUGGCUCCAUAUGUGAGAUACCAGUUCAGGGUCAUAGCCAUGAAUGAAGUGGGGAGAAGUCACCCCAGCCAGCCGUCGGACCACCAUGAAACCCCACCAGCAGCUCCAGACAAGAAUCCACAAAAUAUCAGAGUUCAAGCAUCCCAACCUAAGGAAAUGGUUAUAAAAUGGGAGCCUUUGAAAUCCAUGGAGCAGAAUGGACCAGGACUGGAGUAUAAAGUGAGCUGGAAACCCCAGGGAGCUCCUGUAGAAUGGGAAGAAGAAACAGUUACAAACCACACACUGCGUGUGAUGACAUCUACUGUGUAUGCUCCUUAUGAUGUCCAAGUCCAAGCCAUCAACCAGCUUGGCUCAGGGCCUGAGCCUCAGUCAGUGACUCUCUUUUCUGGAGAAGACUAUCCUAGUACAGCCCCAGUGAUCCAUGGCGUGGAUGUUAUCAAUAGUACAUUAGUUAAAGUUACCUGGUCAGCAGUUCCAAAGGAAACAGUUCAUGGACUUCUGAGAGGAUACCAGAUAAACUGGUGGAAAACAAAAAGUCUGUUGGAUGGAAGGGCACAUCCCAAAGAAGUAAACAUUCUAAGAUUCUCAGGUCAACGAAAAUCUGGAAUGGUCCCUUCCUUAGAUGCCUUUAGUGAAUUUCACUUAACAGUCUUAGCCUAUAAUUCCAAAGGAGCUGGUCCAGAGAGUGAGCCUUAUAUAUUUCAAACACCAGAAGGAGUGCCUGAACAGCCAAGUUUUCUUAAAGUCAUCAAGGUUGAUAAAGAUACUGCCACUUUAUCCUGGGGACUACCUAAAAAACUAAAUGGAAAUUUAACUGGCUAUCUAUUGCAAUAUCAAAUAAUAAACGACACUUAUGAAAUUGGAGAAUUAAAUGAUAUCAACAUAACUACUCCAUCUAAAUCCAGCUGGCAUCUCUCAAAUCUCAAUGCAACUACCAAGUACAAAUUCUACUUGAGGGCAUGCACUUCAAAAGGCUGUGGAAAGCCGAUAAGUGAGGAAAGCGCCACACUAGGAGAAGGGAGUAAAGGUAUCAGGAAGAUAACAGAAGGAGUAAAUCUUACUCAAAAGAUUCACCCUGUAGAGGUAUUUGAGCCGGGAGCGGAACAUAUUGUUCGCCUAAUGACUAAGAAUUGGGGUGAUAACGAUAGCAUUUUUCAAGAUGUAAUUGAGACAAGAGGGAGAGAAUAUGCUGGCUUAUAUGAUGACAUCUCCACUCAAGGCUGGUUUAUUGGACUAAUGUGUGCAAUUGCUCUUCUCACAUUAAUACUCUUAACUGUUUGCUUCGUGAAGAGGAACAGAGGUGGAAAAUAUUCAGUGAAAGAAAAGGAGGAUUUGCAUCCAGAUCCAGAAGUUCAGUCAGUAAAAGAUGAAACUUUUGGUGAAUACAGUGACAGCGAUGAAAAACCUCUUAAAGGAAGCGUCCGGUCCCUGAAUAGGAACAUGCAGGCCACAGAGAGUGCAGACAGCCUAGUGGAGUAUGGAGAGGGAGACCAUGCUUUGUUCAAUGAAGAUGGAUCAUUUAUUGGCGCCUAUGCUGGGUCUAAGGAGAAGGGGUCUGUCGAAAGCAACGGAAGUUCUACAGCAACAUUUCCACUUCGGGCAUAAACCCAACACAUACAACAUGGCUAGCUAGCCCUACUUUUCAAAGGAUCGAGAACUUUUACAUAGGAAUGGAAACAUGUUUUGUGCAGAGGCUGGCAUCCUUAAAUUUUGCUCAGAAAAAUAGCACUGCCUUCAAAAAAAAAAAAAAAAAAUCAACCACCAAGUACUUCAGGCCUGUGUUUUUAUUUUGUGUUUUGUUUUCAGGUGCUCAAAAAGCAGAACAAAAACAAAUCCUAUUUAGAUCCACUUUGAUUGAACUCAAAGGACCCAUUUAGCAUACUCCAUAUCUGCCUGGUUGUACGAUUCAGUAUGUGUGCAUAGAUGUUGCUACCUUGUGGGUUUAUCUCUGGAUGUACAAUUGUAUGCAGUUUCUGAAAACUGUCUUAGUGACUUUGCUUCACUGCAGGUUAAAAGAUUGUAAGCAAACAAACUGGUUAUUUAAAAUGUAAAAAGAAAUAUAAAUGUGUUAUUAAAAAAUUCUUUGAAUCAAUGCAGUCUAAAUUUAUUAUUUAAAACUUUAGUAAGAAAAGACUUAGGUGAGUAAACAACUAGUAUUUAUUGAGCUCCUAUUUGCCCAGAGAUUGUCAUCUUUAAGCAGAGUUAUAAUGGUUUCAAGUUCAGCAUUAAUUUUUUAUUUCUACCUGUUAUGACAUUUUUAUUUGGUUUUUCACUUGGACUAACUUGUACUGUGAAGGGAGUGGAGGUCAGAGGGUUAUUUUAUGAAGAACAGACAUAAAAUGUUCAAGGUCCUAUUUAAUAUCUUUAUUUCUAUGCUGAUUGCUUUCUACCUUUAUGUUUAUAUAAUGGUAUGUUUAAAUAUAUUUCAUGAAUGCAUUGUACAUAUUAUGUUAAUAUUUACCCAGUUUAAGAUAUAGUGUUUUACUUUGAAGUGGUUAAAAGAACAUUAAUAGGCAUGAUUGUACAGCUAAAGUAUAGACUUGCCAUUUUCAUCCUCCCAGGGCACUCAAAACACUCCUUUGCUCCACAAUUGAAGACUAUGUGAAGCCUUUGAACUUUGUUCUUAUAUUGCUUCCCUUUCAAUUGUCUCAAUUUAAACUAUGGCAUAAAUAUUGAGGGAAAUGCUUCCAAAUUCUUCAAAAUAAGUUUUGGAGUAGACACCCAGUUCUCAAUACAGAAAGAAGACACUAUUAUACAUCCAUUUGUUUAUAUUACAUUUUAAAUGUAUUUGUACUGGUUUUAUUGAUUUCAUUUCUAUAUUUUUCUUCUGUCAAAAUACAGAUUCAGGGAAUUUUGUUCUUGGCAUGUGGCUACCAGGGCAUUUAAAAUGACACAUGGGAAUGUUUUAGAAAUGGUAGAAAGGAAUAUACAUACAUAAAAUAAAAUUUAGUGUUCAACUUCUCAAUGGAACAUUUUAGCAUUAUCAAAAACUUAUUAACUAUGUAAAGGGAUAUUAACUCAGAGAUUUUUACUUUAGUUUUUGUAAUUGUUGAUGUUUGCUAUUAAUUCUUCACACUUAGUUAAUGUGACCCAUUAUAUUGCUUGGGUAUUAAAGUUGAGGACAUUUAUAAUGAUCAAUGCAAUAAUGCACAUGUAGUAUCCUUUUUAACCUCAUGGGUCCUUAGAAAAUACAUAGGAAGGGAAAAAGCAUGUUCUGUUCAAACCCAUAGUUCCUGGACUCAAAAUUUAACCACUCUCCUAGAAUUAAAAUUCAAAGGACAAAGGCAUCUGUGUCCCACAACCCUUGUAAGUGUAAGGAUCCAAACAUCUAUCAGUGGAAUUUGAACUCUAUACACAUCUGAUUUCCAAGACACAGCUCUUCUGGAAGAAAAACCAUCAAUCUGCACUGACUUAUCUGGGAGGAACUGUGGUAUUGAGCUCCAGGAAGUGAAGUUUGUUACCAACAAGUUUAAUUCUGUUAUUUUUCUUCCUCUUCUUUGCCAUUAGUGAAAAUGUAGUUUUGAAAGGGUCAUGAUGGUUGAAAAUCAUAUAUAAAAAUUUAGAAUAGAUUCAUUAAGAAUUUCACAAAUUUUAAAUCAUUUUGACAGAAAUGUUGAAAUUUGUGUUCUUAAUGCACUUCAUUAUUCUUCAGCUCUUUCAUAAACAAAGGGUGUUUUUAAUCAUAUUUUGUGAAUGAACGAAUUUUACCCUUUUGUUGUCUUCUGUCACCUUCUCCUCUCUGCUACUUAGCUGCAUUCUGACGAGUAUCUUCAGGGAAGCAGAAGAAGGUCCGUGACUUCCCAGAUUUUAAUUAUAGAAUUAUAUUAUUCAUAUGUUUAAUGACUCAAUGUGUUUUAAAUUUUUAAAAAUCCAGUUAGGAUAAAUGGAUUUUGUUUUUUUUCCUCUCAGAAAAUGAGUGAUAUAUUCAGUGAUGUGCAAUGUUGAUUAUAAAUGGACAAUAAUUAUUUGGAAAAUGCCCACUGGGUGAAGAGGCAGCUGCUAAAAUGUAGAGCUUAGUUCUUAUUUGAUUUUACAGUAACUUUCUGUAGUCUAAUGGCAAUAUGAUUUUAAUGUAACCGAUUGCAUAUAAUCUCAAGGAUUGUUGAUGAGGAUAAAUUCAUAAUGAGCUUUCCGAGGGUCAGGAAAAUGUUUCCUCUUCCAGUACUGAUUUUAUACAUAAACUUUAGGUAAGUUGCUGAAUUGCUUAGAUUCAAAAUCUCUCUGCUAUAAAGUGCUAAUGGUCAUUAUCACAGGGUGUUCUUUUGUAUGAAAAAAAUGUAAAAGUGUUAAAAUCUAAGAUGCCUUCUAACUUCAUCAUUGAACCUAUUCUCAAAUUAUGUCUCAAAAAGUCAACCCCACAUGUACACCAACUCAGCUUUUUUCCUCUGAGCACAUAAAUAUAUUUUUAUAGAAAAACACAUCUAUGGAAAACAAAGUAAAUCUACAGUUCACUGAGCAGUAUGAUUUGCACAUGCCAUUGAAAAUGAUUAAUCAGAAGAAAAUUAAGCAGGGUCUUUGCUAUACAAAAUGUUCUCCACUAAUUCUGCAUGCAUAUUUAUAAGAAAUGUGAAAUUGGUGGAUUUAUUCUAUUGGUACAAAGGCAUCUGAUAUUUUAGAUGUACCCAUGUUUAUAAAAAUGUAAAGCACAAUGGAAUUACACUGGAAGUCUCAAAUAAUAUUUUUCCUAUUUUAUACUCAUGGAAGAGAUGAAGAGAGGACAAUAAUGAAAAAUGAUGGUGUGUUUUUCUAAGUAUUUGAAACAUAAUUGCCAAUUGAAACCCUAAAUAUGUUUACAUGCCACUAAUGUAUAAUUUGUGUAACAACUUUAAAUAGGUUAGUGGGACUGGUUUGUCUGUAGUCUGUGGUAGUAGAUCUCCCCAGUGAUCCUAUAGUGAAACAAGUAGGGUGGAACUAACAUUUUGUUUUGUGUCUUAAGUUAAUUGCAUUCUCAAAGAGACAGAAGGUACAUGGAGCAGGUUCACCUGGUCACUUUUUCCUUUUUGUGUAGGGUAAUGUUCAUAGUAGAUCUUCAUUAAAAUGUGUUUGUACUGUA